AUGGACGUCGAAGCCAAUGAUCCUCCAUCAUACCGGGAAAUUGAGGCGAAAGCUGUCGAGAAAUUCAGAAGAGUCCAGAAAUUCAAAAAUUUCCCGAUCAUCGCCUUCAGAAAAUUUCUCAGGCUCAUCGCUACAAUGUCCGUCGACAACUCAUGGCUCUGGACCUACAAUGGCUGGCUAGUCGUCUCGGCAUCGAAUGAUGGUAAAGCACAACUUCUACGAUUUGUCGGUGGAAUGGAAAAUCCGGACAGGUUCGAAGUGACAAUUGGCAGCGAAGAUGAAAUCUACUUGGAUGGAAUGGACGUUACUCCGCUUGCUGCCCUCGAAACCCAACAUGACACGAUCUUCGUCGUAUCAAGCGAGGACUUCAUUUUUCACUGCGACUGGGAGAGAACACCCAACAUGAAAAUUCAAUUCGAAUCCUGCGUAAUCGCCGUCGAAAUCGACGAUGAGGGCGACCUGGCAUUCAACCCGAAGCGCCUCUACUCUGGCAACUAA